AUGAAUGAAUUUGCAUACUUUACCGAGAAAAGUGAACCUACACGGGUCACAGCAAGGUGUAGUGACUUGCAAUGCAAAUGGAGGAUACAUGCUUCUGUUAUGCAAGACGGAAUUUCAUUUGAGGUUAAGAAAUUGGUCGAACCACAUUCUUGUACUAGAAGCAACAAAGGUGCUAAUAAGGUGGCAACACAAGGAUGGGUUGCAAGUGUGCUUAGACAUAAGUUGAAAUGCGAUGGGGAUGUCUCAAUUAAAGAACUCCACAAGUGGGUUAAGAUAAAUUUCAAUGUUGAUCUACCCUACAUGAAAAUCUUUCGAGGUAAAGAACAAGCUUAUAGUGAUUUGUACGGGAAUUGGGAAGACUCAUUCAUAAAGACGAAUGCUUUUAAAGAGGAACUAUUAAGGCGAAACCCGGGAAGCGUUGUCGAAGUUGACAUUGAGAUUAAAGGUAAUAAGAAACUAUUUUUACGCUUUUUUGUUUCACUACUAGCUUGUUGGAAGGGGUUUCUUGUUGGUUGUCGUCCCUAUAUUUCUCUAGAUGCAUGCCAUCUAAAAGGCAAGUUUAAUGGGGUACUAGUCGCUGCUAAUAGUGUUGAUGGUAACAAUUCUAUUUUUCCGGUGGCUUAUGGUGUACUUGAAUCUGAAAACAAGAACUCAUGGAUAUGGUUUCUUGAGUUACUUAAGAAAGCAAUCGGUACGCCUAAUGGACUAGUUAUAUCAUCAGAUAUGCAAAAGGGUCUAGACAUUGCAAUUACACAAGUUUACCCUAAUGUUGAGCAUAGAGAGUGCAUUAGGCACUUAUUUAGUAAUUUCAAGAAGCGUUUUCGUGGUGAUUUAUUCACAAGAAAUUUAUGGCGAGCUGCAAAGACGUGA